GAGGGUCAACAAACCGAAAGUUGAAGGUGGUAACACUGAAAUUAGGGAUAGAAAAGCUGUGUUGUUUCACUUUGAUUUUUGAAAAAGUUUCAUGAUUAUCAAAUCGAAUGUGAAAGAAUGAUACGUAAAGUUGUUUGCGGAAUGUCAGGUGGUGUGGACAGUGCUGUUACAGCACUGAUUUUAAAGAAAAGAGGAUAUGAAGUAACAGGUUUAUUUAUGAGAAACUGGGAUUCAGUCAAUGAGAAGGGUGAAUGUCAGGCUGAUCUUGAUCUUGAAGAUGCUAAAUAUAUCUGUCGUCAUCUUGAUAUACCUCUACAUGAAGUUAACUUUAUCAAACAAUACUGGAAUGAUGUUUUUAGUGAACUGUUAAAGGACUAUCAAAAAGGUCAGACUCCGAACCCUGACAUAAUGUGCAAUAAACAUAUAAAAUUUAAUUUAUUUCAAAAAUAUGCUUUGGAGAAGUUGAAUGGAGAUGCCAUUGCUACUGGACAUUAUGCCAGAACUGACAUUGGAUAUGAUUUAGAUACAGUUGAUGAAAAGAAAGGUGUAAAAUUAUUAACAGCUGCAGACAGUGUGAAAGAUCAAACAUUUUUCUUAUGUCAAAUUUCACAGAAUGGAUUAAAAAAAACUAUAUUUCCUAUAGGGGAUCUCAGUAAACAUUAUGUACGUAAAAUAGCUCUGGAAGCUGGUCUGGAAAAAAUAGCUAAGAAAAAGGAGAGUAUGGGUAUGUGUUUUAUAGGUUCACGAAAUUUUCACCAUUUUAUAGAAGAGUAUAUUGAACCAAAAGAAGGAGUAUUCAGAGAUUUAGAAACUGGUAAAGAAGUAGGCAAACAUAAAGGUGUUCACUACUGGACUCGAGGACAGAGAGCAUCUUUAGCUGGUUGUACACAGCCUUAUUUUAUAAUAGAUAUAAAUUCUUUAACUAAUGACAUAUUUGUGGCACAUGGUACAAAUCAUCCAGCUUUAUUUUGUCAAACAUUUUUCACAGAAGAACCUCAUUGGAUACGCCAUCCUCCCCGUUUGUUGUAUCAAGACCAAAUGUUUGAUGCAUAUUUUAGAUUUCAACACAUACAUCCACUAGUUAAAUGUACUGCUACCCUUACUGGUGGGAAUGGCCUAAUUGUCUCCCUUGAAAGACCGAUGCGGGCCAUAUGUCCAGGACAAUAUGCUGUGUUCUAUAAUGAAGAUGAGUGUUUAGGAAGUGCUAAAAUAUUGCGACCAGGACCAUCAUUAUAUACAUUAAAUUAUAAAGAAUAUAUUGAUAAUCCUAAAGAAUUUAGAUAACAAGAAAAUAAAGUGAAAUAAGCAUCAAUUGAACACAAUUGAGCAACGCCAAGGGUGACGACAAUGCGUGUAAGAAAGGAUUAUCACAGUGUCAAAAAUAUUAUACAAAGGGGGCCCACAGGGUUCAAACUGCCAAGCCUAUAUAGGUUAAUUCAUAACUACUUAAUAACUUAAUGGAUAGAAUCCAGGAUAAAAAAUUGCUUUGAAGUCUAAGAUCCAAUUUAUUUCCUCUAAUAAUUUUUAUAGGGUGCAUUGUAUAGGCCAGAGUUUGUAGUGUAAAACUGCAAAAGAUUUUACCCCUCUCUCUACAUCACAGUCAAACUUAACAAAUCUACUAGUUGACAAUAGGCCUAUGUGAUGUUUAUCCAUAAGACCGUCAUGUUCAAUUUGAACUGGGAUUCGAAUAUUUAAUUGUUAACUUGCUAAACCAAUCAUUCAGUGAGGAUAUAGCCCAAUACCAUCAGUAAUUUUUUAAUGUUUUGCUCUAUGCAGCCACAAAACCUAUUAAAUGGUAACUCAAAAUGACAACUAGUUUGACAAAAGAGCAUAGAUUAUGUGCCUUGGGCUUAAAGAGCAAUGGUAGUAUCCACCAAUUUUAAACACAUUCCAAAUAUAAUUGGAACAUUAAGAUCUUUGCUACAUUUUUUCCAUUUUUUUUUUUUGUUCUUUCUCGGAUCUUGUUUCAGUCAAUUCUUCUUAUGCAUAGUCCGUUGCAAAUAGAUAUCCUCUCACAGUCUCAUAUAACAACUCUUGAACUUCAAAGGAAUUUCCUGUUAGCUGAACAAUGUCUGUGUACCUGUUAUUGCUCUCUACUUCAGCCAAUAACGGUAACUGCCUUCAUUUUUUUGCGUCACUUCCUGAUUCUUCAAAUGCAUGUUAUGGAUCAACCGUCUCAAAGAUCUACAUGUUAAAAUUAUAUUUGGAAUGUGUUUAACCAAAUAUGUAAUAUUGGUUGACACCAACAUCGACAUUGUCCAUUACAACUGAAUAUUAUAAUUUCCAUGAAAAUUUGCCCAAAUACAGAAACUGGUGGUAUAAAAUAAAAGACGUAUUUUAUGUUGUUAAUGAUUUAUUGUGAUGAUAUUUUAAGAGCACAUUUGUAUAUGAACUUUAUUAAAAAAAACUAUAAACUAAUAUACAAGUUAUCUAAUAAUAUGAUUAAAUACGAAAAUGCAUGGCUGUUAAAUAGUGUCUAUGUAAUUCAUGUCAGUUGACGAUGACUAUUACUAAGUAUCAAAAUACUUGUGUAAGGAUUAAUUGUAUUUUAAAAUUUUAAAAUACUAACUUUAUAAAUCAUCGAAUUUAUCCACUAAAAAUAUUGUCUUAUCACAGAAUGCUUAUAAAUAUAAUGUACAUACUAUACUAAAAUCUCAAUAAUAGUGUUGCUAAUAUACUGAUAUUUGUUGAUUCAGAUUGGAAUUUUAAUUUCUUUAAAAUCAUUCUAUUUUAGUGUAAGACAAUUAACAAAUCAAUAUGAAACCUAAAAUCAAUAUAAAUGUGGCUUAAUAUCAAGGAAAAGGUUCGAACAGAUUCAUUUCAUCAAUUUUACUCUAAUAUAACAGCUAGCCAUCCAUAAUAAAAUUAUCGCUGGUAUUAAGUAAAUAGGUAUUAAGAAGAACAAUGAAUUCUAGAAUAAUGUUUAUGUAUUUUUACAUCGACUAUUCCUAUUUCAAGAUAAUUUUAUAAAGUAAAACAUACCAAUUAACAUGUACAUCAUAUAACAAUCCUCUAAAGAUUAUGUACCCAAUUUAAGAUAAAUUCAUAAGGAAAAUAUACAAAUUAACAUCAUGUAUAUCAUACUACAAUCCUUUCAAUUAAUUAUUUUCCCAGCCCCAUUGGAAAUAAACUUAGUUUUAAUUCAAGCAGAUUUUUAUGAGUUAUCCUCAAGAGGCUGAUCAUUCAUGACAUCGUCACUCUCUCUCAUCCCUAUUAUAUCACAUCCCUAUUGUCAUGUUUGAUAUGCCUUUUAGAAAAAUAAAUAAAUAAAUUUCAUCAGGAGCCAGGAGUUCUUUUCCUGAACGCAAUAAAUUCCACUCAAACCAUCACACAAAACAACAUUUAUUCCAUACACCUAUAUCUGAGUUUUAAAAUAGUGAUAUAUGUUUUUAUGUUACCUUUGAUAUUUUUAUAGAAAACUCAUCUUUAUCCUGGUUUGCUAUAACAAAUUCAGCAAAACCAGUAUUCUAUGUAUACAGCACUAGCUUGUCUUAUAGAGAUAAAGUUAUCUUGUGGCACCAUGAUUUAGAAAUCCAAAUGUCUAUUUUCUUAUCAAAUGAUAUCCUGAGAAAACAUAAGUUGUUGUAUGUUUUUGCAUAAGGCUUUUAAUUAAUGUCUUCUUUCUUUUUCUUUUUUUUUUGAUUUUUCUUUUUAUAUUCCUAACAAACAACAUAUAAUGUUAAAAAAUAAUCAUUUCACUUUGCUGCCACCCCAUUACUGGAUUUCCAAAAAUUAUUUCUG